UUACAUAGGAUUAGUUAGAAUUUUUAAAAAAUGAAAGAAAGCACUAGUAUGAUUACAUUUUUCCCCAAACGAUAUCAGCUUGGUUGAAAACGAAACAAUAUUUUUAUCCAAAUAAUCAACAAUCAUUCCCACCCAGGUAUAUUGUAAAUAACAGGUAUAUAAUCCAGAAAUGUAAAACAAGGUAUGCUAAAUACCAAAUGGGAUUUUUAUCAAGUUGGUGUUUGGUAUUAUUGAAUUCUUAUUCCUUUACAACUUGCAAAAAAUGAGCUAAAGUCCUAACUCUAAUAAAUUGGGAAAUUUGGGAUAAAUUUCAAUUGGAAAUAGCUGUUCAACAGCUACUGAGAACAUUGGCUUACACCCUGACAAGCCUUACACUUUUCUACCUAAUCCUUGUGAUGCUAAAUUUAUUGUUUUUAAAGUUGAAAUGUAAUUAAUUUUUGAUGUUUUAAUUUAACUUCAGGAUAUAUAAUUCAACUUAGUCAAUUUUCCUGUUUAUAAUAGAAGAAAUUUUAACAGUUACAACAUGGCUGCAACGGUAGUAAAGGAAGGAGAAUAUACAAUGACCAUAUAUGGAUUAAUUAAACAGCAGAAGUUUGUUGAUGCCAUUCAUAUCCUAUCUGCUGAAUUAGAAAAGCAUCCAAAGUCACGUCCAGCUUUAUCACUCCUGGGAUAUAGUUAUUAUCAAAUACAAGAUUUUCCCAAUGCUGCAGAGUGUUAUUCUGAGUUAACCAAAUCAUACCCCGAUGUUACAGAAUACAAACUUUACUAUGCUCAGGCUUUAUACAAGGCAUUCGCCUUCCAAGAUGCCAUGAAAGCAACCUAUCAAAUUGAAAAUCAAGAUUUGCAGGGCAGUGUUUUAAAGUUGCAAGCAGCUAUCAAGUAUAGUGAAGAUGAUGUGCAAGGAGCAAAAAGUCUGGUAGAACAAAUUCCUUCUGAUGAUCCUGAUACAGAAGUAAACUUUGGUUGUAUAUUGUUUAAAGAGCAGAGAUAUCAAGAAGCAUGUCAAAAGUUUAUGAACGCCAUGAAUAUUCUCGGCUACCAGGCUGAUUUAUCAUACAACAUUGCAUUGUGUUUUUAUAAACAAAAGCAUUAUGCACCAGCGUUGAAACACAUUGCUGACAUCAUAGAGAAGGGAAUACGAGAACAUCCUGAAUUAAGUGUUGGCAUGACAACAGAAGGAAUUGAAGUCCGUAGCGUUGGCAACACACGAGUUCUUCAUGACACUGCUUUGGUAGAAGCAUUCAAUCUGAAAGCAGCGAUUGAGUAUCAACUUAAAAACUAUGACGCUGCUCAAGAAGCACUAACAGAUAUGCCACCACGGUCAGAAGAGGAGUUAGAUCCAGUCACCUUACACAACCAAGCUCUAAUGAAUAUGGAGAAAAAUCCAACGGAGGGAUUUGAAAAAUUUCAAUUCCUACUUCAACAAAAUCCUUUCCCAAUAUCUACAUUUGGAAAUCUUCUUUCAUUGUAUUGUAAAUAUCAGUAUUACGAUCUUGCAGCAGACGUUCUUGCAGAAAAUGUUCAUCUUACUUAUAAGUACCUCACUCCAUACUUGUUUCAAUUUCUCGAUGCUGUCAUCACACAACAGACAUCUGCAGAGGAGGCGUUCAGAAAGUUUGAUGACAUGGCAAUACAACACACAGAAACUUUACGCAAAUUAACAAAACAGGUGCAAGAGUCGAGACAAAACCAUGAUGAUGAAGCAUUAAAGAAAGCUGUAAAUGAUUACGAUGAUGCACUGGAAAAGUAUAUACCCGUGUUGAUGGCACAAGCUAAAAUUUAUUGGGAUCGAGAAAAUUAUCAAGCUGUUGAGAAGAUUUUUCGUAAAUCAGUGGAGUUUUGUAACGAGCAUGAAAUUUGGAAACUUAAUGUCGCGCAUGUCCUCUUUAUGCAGGAAAAUAAAUACAAAGAAGCUAUUGGUUUUUAUGAACCAGUUGUCAAAAAGCAUUACGACAAUAUUCUAAAUGUGAGUGCGAUCGUGCUGGCUAACCUGUGUGUCUCGUAUAUAAUGACAAGCGCGAACGAAGAGGCAGAAGAAUUGAUGAGAAAGAUCGAAAAGGAAGAGGAAAAUGUUGCGUAUGAAGAUCCGGAAAAGAAAGUUUUUCAUCUUUGCAUUGUAAACUUAGUCAUCGGAACUUUGUAUUGUUCAAAAGGUAAUUACGAAUUUGGUGUGUCGCGUAUCAUAAAAAGUCUGGAACCAUAUAACAAGAAGUUGGGGACUGAUACAUGGUACUACGCAAAAAGAUGUUUGUUAUCGUUAUUAGAAAACAUGGCGAAACAAAUGAUCAUGAUUCGGGACGCUAUCAAACAAGAUCUAAUCCAAUUUUUGGAGCAUUGCGAAGCUUAUGGUCGCGAUGUGCAAACUGUUAUUGAACAGCCUCUCGAGCAAGAACCGCUGCAUGCCGGGAAAAAUACUGUAACAUAUGAAGCUCGUUUGCUAAAAUUUCUAUUUUUAAAAAUGACGUAAUUUUGCACUAUUUCCUUUUUUCGAUAAUUUUUAACACACUUUAUUCGAUUAAAAAAUGCUGAACAAUUUUUUAGUGGGAUAAAAUAACCGUCACCUAGAAAAAAUUUCGUUACUUUUGUCCAUUUCAGCUUUAAACUAUCGCUUUCGGUGAUUAUCCGUAGGACAAAAAUUUUGUCACCCCUGAAAACUUUUGUCACUUUUGUGCGACAUUUUUUUAUCCGAUAAAGUAAGGCUUUUGAAUUUCCAUCGCAGGAUUUGCCUAGAAAAUGUCUAGAUAAGAUACCAAGAUUGGUGGCAAUCUUUUACUGGUAAUUUGAGCAUAGUGUGAGAAUAGAAAGAUAAUUAGAUGUAAUAUAUUGAUUGUAUUUAUCGUUGUAAAUAUAAAAUAAAAAGCUAAAAA